GGAAUGCAUGGUGUUGGUUUAUAAAGACUGGGUAGUGCACCAGUAGAACCAGAACAGGUGUAACGACACACACUGUAGAGGAGGCAACAUCACUGGACACUUUAACAGCAAAACGUGUUGUAAUUUGCUCACAGUUCAAGACAGAAUGCAAUACCUCAUCCUCUUCGUUCUGCUCCCAGCAUGCAUCUUGGCUGCCCAGACAGGGUCCUACUCCUUCUCCCCACCAGUGGGCUCAGGCAGUGGUUCUUCAUAUACUCUGAGUGGAGAGGGCCGGGUCACAGCCGUUCGAGUGUGGGAGAACUACAACUCUGUUAUUAACGGCAUCCAGAUCCGCCAGGGCGUCGUCUGGUCCCCCGUUGGUGGUUACACGUAUGGUUACCUCCUCGAGUUUGAGCUGCGUGAAGACGAAGCCAUCAUCCAGAUUUCCGGGAAACACUCUCACUACUUAUAUUCUCUUAUUUUCACCACGAACAAAGGCCGUUCGUUUUAUGCAGGUCAGCCCUUGGGCCACUCUUUCAACAUGUACCCUGAGCAUCCACAGGCUGAGCUGCUGUUCGUCAGUGGACGCUAUCAUGGACACUUGACCGCCUUCGCAGCGCACUGGGGCGUCAUUGAGUCAAAUGCAGACAACAGCACCGGCCACUAAAAUGGAGUUAACCCUUUCAUGCAUGAAUUAUGAGAACCUUAAUGAAGUUUUUUUUUUCCUGAGUGUUUUUAUUCCUCUUUAGUCAUAAAAAAAACAAUGCAAUUGAAAAUUUUCUUAUGUACAUUUUCUUAUAUCUUACUCUUAUUUUCUUAUACCUAUUUUUCAUGGAGUUCCACUCAGCUGGACACCAUGCGUUUAAUUUUUGAAGCAAAGAAAUAUGUAUUUACUGGCAUACUGUAUGAAAACUAUGAAAUCAAAACAUUUUCAAUGCUGCUAA